AUGAAGACAUCUUUAAUCAUCGGAGCCUGUUAUGCUGGCAUGACGGCUGCCGCUCCCGCACGCUCUCUCGCCGCUAGGGGUGCUUUGACGGAAACAGCAUCUAGUGAAGGCCUUGCCCUCCUUCUCCAAGCCAUGACCUUGAGACCACUCCAGGACAAGUCAGCAACUGCUUCCACCGUCAAGGUACUUGCGGAGAACCUGGGAGACGUUUUCAAGGGCCCGCUCAAGGAGAUUCUUGAGAGCCUGGACAUUGGUGGCCUGCUCGAAGCUUGCAAGCCUGCCGGUGGCGAAGGAGGUGGAGAAGGUGGCAAGCCUGGCGAGGGCGGCAAGCCUGGUGAAGGUGGUGAAGGCGGCAAGCCUGGUGAGGGUGGCGAGGGUGGCAAGCCUGGCGAGGGCGGCAAGCCUGGUGAGGGUGGCGAGGGUGGCAAGCCUGGCGAGGGCGGCAAGCCUGGUGAGGGUGGUGAGGGCGGCAAGCCUGGUGAGGGUGGUGAGGGUGGCAAGCCUGGCGAGGGCGGCAAGCCUGGUGAAGGUGGUGAAGGCGGCAAGCCUGGUGAGGGUGGCGAGGGUGGCAAGCCUGGCGAGGGCGGCAAGCCUGGUGAGGGUGGCGAGGGUGGCAAGCCUGGCGAGGGCGGCAAGCCUGGUGAGGGUGGCGAGGGUGGCAAGCCUGGCGAGGGCGGCAAGCCUGGUGAGGGUGGCGAGGGUGGCAAGCCUGGCGAGGGCGGCAAGCCUGGUGAGGGUGGUGAGGGCGGCAAGCCUGGCGAGGGCGGCAAGCCUGGUGAGGGUGGUGAGGCCGGCAAGCCUGGCGAGGGUGGUGAGCCCGCCGAAGGCGGCAAGCCUGCUGAAGGCGAAGGCGAAGCUGGAAAGCCUGCCGAGGGUGGCAAGCCCGCUGAAGGUGAAGCUGGAAAGCCUGCCGAGGGUAAGCCCGCUGAGGGUAAGCCCGCUGAGGGUGAAAGCGGCAAGCCGGUAGAAGAAAAGUAG